UCGCCGACUCACUUGCACCUGUCAACCGCCGACGCCGGAUCCCGUCUCCAUGGUCAGCGUCGUCGGUCGCCUCCCGCUGUCCGGCCACUUCCAUCUUCUCAAAGAAGCCGCCAGUCCUCCAUCCUCUCAAAGAAGCCGACGGCACCGGGCUCUUGUUGCCGAGUACGCACCUCCCCGUGUCCGGCCGGUGGCAGCAUGUCGCAUUGGUCGCCAUACCACUGAGUAGCCAACGGUAACUGCCUGGAGUGCCUUUCUCUGCCCGAAGAUCUCAUUUCCGAUCUGGAUUCCAGCAACUAUGGGGCACAAUAAUCGCCACUUUUGUCUGCAUAACCUUGCCAUUAAUUAAUCCAAGUAAGCACUCCUUUUUUGCUUGUUGUAUGUACCAUGUGAUAGUUGCUUGAUUGCUUUUGUUGUUGUUGGGACUGGUUAUCAUGGGAGAGUUGGAGAGAGCACAUGGAUAAGCAGCUCGCCCGCUUCCUAAACCAAAAUUUCGAUUUUUGCAUGAACGAUUGUUCUCUGUUCUCAGACUUUGUUUUGAUUUUAGGUCUGUAUGUAUGAAUGGUAGUGUUUGCUCGAUGCUGAUUGGUAUAAGGACUUGCUACGCACCUGCCAUGUGGGCCAGCCAAGACCAAGGCCUCUCCUAGAAGCUGACUCGGUCAAGCCCAGCAGGUAACCGGCGCUCGCGUGACCGGCUUGGCCCAUCUACCGGACGUGCCCCUCUUAAGCAAAAACUAAGGCUAACCUGAGGAGAUAAGGAGGGUAAAAAGAAUAUUUUGUCCGUCUAUCUUCUUCCUAUCCGCUACUCUGUAUCUCCGCUUUCCCCUCUUCUCAUCUACAGAACUAUGUGUUCUUGUGACUGAAUCCUUUGUGUGACACAAAGCGAUUGCUACUAAUCUCUGUGGGUUCGUAGCAAUUGGAAUCAGAGCCACCGAUCUUUCGGCAUCAUUUCCCACCGAUUUUUUUUCCCAGCCACGACGGGGAAAUCUGCGCGCCCAACGUUGACGGACAGGAUGGGGGCGGCAGAGCUGACCAUCUCUGAGCUGCAGAAAUUGAUCCAAGCGACGGUGAUUCAGAGCAAGGCCGUCUCCGACGCGGGGGUCCGCAACUCCGAGCGGAUCGACGAGCUCCGCACCACGGUCGACUCCUUCUCUGAAUCGACCACCAAGGCUCUCUCCGAUCUCACCAGCUCCACGGCGACGGCGACCCAGCGUGUCGAGACUACGCUGGACCGCAUAAUCACGGCCCACAACAAGCUCGACAAGACAGCCGACGAGUUGAAGUUGUCGAUGGAGGCGGUGGCGCGCCGCGUCGAUUUCCUCGAGCGGGGGCAGCCUCCUUCCACGACCCCGGCGCAGCCGCAUCAGCGACCGGGUGUGCUUCGGCCCCAUGGGCACCGUGAAGAACUGCAUCACCAGGGUGCUGUUUCUGGAGAGAUUCGAACCUCCGGACACGCCCUGGUCGGGGGUGAGCAAUCGCAAACCCGUGACCACCUUACUUCUGCUAUGUAUGGUUCAGCAGAGAGAGAUGAUGAUCGUACCACUGCAUAUCCGCAUCAGCCCUACAGUCAUAGUGGUCUGCAGUUGCCCAAAUCAGAUUUCCCAAAAUUCACUGGUGAUAAUCCCAAAUGGUGGAAGGAACAAUGCGAAAAGUAUUUUAAAAUGUACCAUGUUAAUCCUGAGUUGUGGGUGGAUUUUGCCACUAUGCAUUUCACCGGCAAUGCUGCCCUGUGGUUGCAAACUUUCGAAGCCAUGCAUUCAGUGGAUAGCUGGCCUGCCUUGUGUGUAGGAGUGUUUGCUAAGUUCAACAAAAAUCAGUAUGCUAAACUCAUGGACAUGUUUUUUGCAUUUCGGCAAGUUGCAUCAGUAGAUGAAUAUGCCCAUACAUUUGAAGAGUUCAUGCAUAAGAUUCUGGUUUACAAUCACUCCUAUGAUGAAACCUUCUUUGUGAACCGUUUCAUUGAUGGUCUUAAGCCAGACAUCAAGUCUGCUAUUAAAUUACACAAUCCUGGAACUGUUGAUCUGGCUUGUUCCCUUGCUCAAACACAGGAAGUGUUGUUGGUGGAAGAUACUCGUCCGUCCUUCAAGAAGGGGGAUUAUCGCCACAAAUUCAAGAUGAAUGCUCAGCUGCCAAGCAUUCUAGGAAACCCGGGUGAGAAGCGGACGGAUGACAGGAUCAAGUACAACACUAAGUUUGAUUCUCUCAAGGCCCAACGGCGUGCUCGUGGCGAAUGCUUUAAGUGCGGGGAAAAAUUCUCCCCGGGCCACAAGUGCCCCCCGCAGGUUCAGUUGCAUGUCCUUGAAGAACUGAUUACCUCUCUUGAUAUUUCUGAUGACGAAGAUGACAAUGGAUGGCCUGAAGAGCACACCCCUGACCCGGAUGAGGAUGACCAUGUCAUGAAGCUAUCUGUCCAUGCAGCAUGUGGGACACAGUGUAAGAAGAGUAUUCGGCUUCAGGGUUUCAUUGGCAAACAAGAAGUAUUGAUCCUGAUAGAUUCUGGAAGCUCCAGUAACUUCAUAAGCUCCAAAUUGGUUGACCGUUUACAGUGUACCACUGCUCCGUUUCCUGCUGCCAAAGUGACAGUUGCUGAUGGAGGAACUCUUGACUGUAACAUGAUGGUGUCAUCUCUACAGUGGUGGACUCAAGGCACAUCAUUUACAUCUUCGCUGAAGGUACUUCCAUUAGGCACAUAUGACAUCAUCCUUGGUAUGGAGUGGCUUGAAGAGAUGAGCCCAAUGUGGGUAGAUUGGAAAAAGAAGACAUUACGGUUCACACAUAAUGGAGUUCGCAUCACUCUUCGAGGCAUUAAAGAUAAACCUGCCAGUUGCUCAGCUAUUUCUGCUAAACAGCUUCAGGGCUUGGUUAACAAUGGAGGUGUGGUGCAUAUGUUAGAAUUGUGUGCUGUGCAAGACGUAUUCGAGGCACCUGGCUCAUCCACCCCUCUACCACCAGCCAUUACCCGAGUUCUUUCUCAGCAUGAGGCUGUGUUUGAAGAUCCUCAGGUGUUGCCUCCUCACCGCAGUUUUGACCAUAACAUUCCACUGCUUCCAGGGGUGAAGCCUGUUAAUGUCAAGCCAUAUCGUUAUGCUCCUAUGCAGAAAACUGAGAUUGAGCGACAAGUGUGUGAAAUGCUCCAAAAGGGACUUAUACAGAAUAGCACUAGCUCAUUUGCAUCUCCGGUGUUGUUGGUGAAGAAGAAGGAUGGUUCAUGGCGUUUUUGUGUUGACUAUAGGCACCUCAAUAAUAUUACAGUUAAGAAUAAAUACCCAAUGCCAGUGAUCGAUGAGCUGCUUGAUGAAUUGUCCGGUGCAAAUUGGUUUACCAAACUGGAUCUCAAAUCUGGGUACCAUCAAAUUCGGCUAGUGCGUGGUGAAGAACACAAGUCGGCUUUCAAAACACACCAAGGGUUGUAUGAAUUCAAGCACCAGUUGUAUAUCAAGAAGAGUAAAUGUUCCUUUUCCCAAAAACAACUUGAGUACUUGGGUCACAUCAUCAGUCACAAAGGGGUCGCUACUGACCCUUCGAAGAUCCAAGCUGUCGCUCAGUGGCCUACACCGACAACUAUCAAGCAAGUUAGGGGGUUUCUUGGGUUAACGGGUUAUUACCGCAAGUUCAUAAAACAUUAUGGGAUCAUCAGUCGAGUAUUGUCAGAUUUGCUCCGUAAAGAUACCAUGUUUUAUUGGACAAACAAAGAAGAUGAAGCUUUUCAACAUUUGAAAUCAGCUCUUACUCAAGCCCCUGUCUUGGCUCUACCAAAUUUCAAAUUGCCAUUUGUUGUCGAAACAGAUGCAAGCAAGUAUGGUAUUGGUGCUGUACUGAUGCAACAAGGGCAUCCGAUCAGUUUUCUCAGCAAGGCUUUGGGACCCAAGACGCAAGGCUACUCCACUUAUGAGAAGGAGUGUCUUGCUAUCUUGAUGGCGGUGGAGAAAUGGCGUUCAUACCUCCAGCACGCUGAAUUCACCAUUUCCACUGAUCACCGUAGCUUAACUUACUUGUCUGAGCAAAAGCUUACUACUGACAUCCAACAAAAGGCUUUUCUGAAAUUAAUGGGACUCCAGUACAAGUUGGUUUACAAAAAAGGCCAUGAAAAUGCUGCUGCUGAUGCUCUUUCCCGUCAAGCAAUUCCUGAAUCAUGUCAUGCAAUUUCUCUCUGUCAGCCCAAGUGGUUGGAAGUAAUUGUGGAUGGCUACACAAAAGAUGAUACAACUAAAAAGUUGUUACAGGAGUUGAGUUUCACUGGAUCUAACUCUGCUGGCUACACGUUGGUGAAUGGUAUUAUCAGGCAUAAGGGACGCGUCUGGCUCGGCUCUAACACUGAGGCACAUCAAGCUAUUCUGCUCUCCUUGCAUGCAAGUGGCAUUGGUGGUCACUCUGGGUUCUUAGCAACUUACAAGCGCAUUAGUGCUCUGUUUGCAUGGCCUGGUAUGAAGACUGAUGUAAAAACAUAUGUGCAAAAUUGUACCAUAUGUCAGCAAGCCAAAUCUGAAACUGUGAAGUUGCCAGGUCUUCUGAAUCCAUUACCCAUCCCAGAUGAACCUUGGAGUUUGGUGAGCAUGGAUUUUGUGGAGGGCCUUCCCAAGUCUGGCUCAUAUAAUACCAUAUUGGUGGUGAUUGACAAGUACACUAAGUUCGGUCACUUCAUCCCUCUGGCUCAUCCCUACUCUGCUCUUCAAGUUGCUCAACUCUUUUACAACCACAUCUAUAAGUUACAUGGUCUGCCGUCCGGCAUUAUAUCUGAUCGGGAUAAGGUAUUUACCAGCAAUGUUUGGCAAUCUUUGUUCAAGAUGACGGAUGUGAAGAUGAAUAUGAGUUCGGCACACCAUCCCCAAACUGAUGGUCAGACCGAAAAGCUUAAUCAAUGUCUUGAGACCUUUCUCAGGUGUACGGUUCAUGCUUCGCCGACCAAAUGGUCUCAAUGGUUGCCUUCGGCUGAACAUUGGUACAACACUAAUUUUCACUCAGCGCUGGGCAAGUCUCCAUUCGAGGUGUUAUAUGGCUAUAAACCACGACAAUUGGGCAUUGCUCAUAUUCCAGAAUCCACACCAUCUGAUCUGGCGGGUUGGCUACAAGAAAGAGAAAUGAUGCAAGAACUUGUUAAGCAACACCUACUUCGAGCUCAGCACCGCAUGAAGCAACAAGAAGAUAAACAUCGUUCUGAUCGGGUGUUUCAGGUGGGAGAUUUUGUUUAUCUCAAGCUUCAACCAUAUGCACAAAUGUCUGUUGCUCGUCGUGCAAAUCACAAGUUGUCCUUCAAAUUUUAUGGUCCCUAUGAGGUGCUCGCUCGCGUGGGAAAGUCAGCCUACAAAUUGAAGCUUCCAACAAAUAGUCGUAUUCAUCCGGUGGUGCACGUCUCCCAGCUGAAGCCCUCUCUACCGGCAAAUCAGGUGCCUUCUGAUGCUUCUUUGCAUCUGCUUACGGAUGUUCCAGUUUCUAUUCAGCCGGGGCAGAUUCUUGAUUCUCGUUUGGUGCGAGCUGGUAAUGGCGCUCGUGCACAAGUGCUCGUUCAUUGGGCUGGCCUCUCAUCUAAUCUGAACUCCUGGGAAGACAAGAACGCACUCCAGCACCGGUUUCCUUCUACAGCAGCAUGGGGGCAUGCUGUGUCUCAAGGAGGAGGGCAUGCUACGCACCUGCCAUGUGGGCCAGCCAAGACCAAGGCCUCUCCUAGAAGCUGACUCGGUCAAGCCCAGCAGGUAACCGGCGCUCGCGUGACCGGCUUGGCCCAUCUACCGGACGUGCCCCUCUUAAGCAAAAACUAAGGCUAACCUGAGGAGAUAAGGAGGGUAAAAAGAAUAUUUUGUCCGUCUAUCUUCUUCCUAUCCGCUACUCUGUAUCUCCGCUUUCCCCUCUUCUCAUCUACAGAACUAUGUGUUCUUGUGACUGAAUCCUUUGUGUGACACAAAGCGAUUGCUACUAAUCUCUGUGGGUUCGUAGCAGGA